GAUAGCGAAACGCAAUAUGAAGCUUCUAGGAGUGCUGUGGACACUUUGCCUUCUAUACAAAACUUCACUGGCUCGAAUACAAGACGGCUUCUCGUUUAAGACCUCCAUAUGUGAUGGUAAGAAUGGGGGUCUUUUACCCAUGUAUGGAACGUGUAGGGGAUACUAUGUGUGUCUUGAUGGGAACGCUGUGAUCGGAUCCUGCGACGGAAGCACAUUGUUUAAUCCCAAGACUUUACAUUGCGAUGAUGCCGUAGACGUAGACUGCAUAUUCGAGGCCAAGCCAAAUAAUUACAACGAUGGAUCGAACUCGGAGAGUGGGGAGGAUGAGGAGCCUCAGGAAAUUGAUUCCCCACCCACGCGGAGACCGUCAAAGCAGCAGAGACCUGUGGCAAAACAACUUUUGGAUACAUUUAACAGAGUGUGCGCCGGUAAGAAAGAUGGUGUGACUCUGGCAAAAGAAGGCUCUUGCAGUGAGUACAUUGUCUGCGAGUCGAAGCAGCCGCAUCUUCGCGUUUGUCCUACCAAUCAGCAUUUUAGUCCCACUCGCCGGAUCUGUAUGAAGCCGAAAGAUGCCAAGUGUCUUGUGGGCCAUGAAAAUCAUCAACUAGAAGAGCCAGCCACAUCCGCCGGGGUCUGCCCUGAAGAAAAAGAGAACUCUUUGGUUGCUCACCAGAAAGAUUGUGGAAAGUUUUUACUUUGCAGCAACAUGAUGUUCCUGGUAAUGGAUUGUCCCAUUGGUUUGCAUUUCAAUUCCAAAACGUCGCGUUGCGACUAUCCCAAGAUCGCGAAAUGUCAAGUGAAGGAAAAAGGAAAUAAAGCUGCUUCAAAGACAAAAACUUCAGCACGUAAACCUAAAAAUCGUCGCUUGUAACAAUUGCAUGCAAAUAAAAAAAUGUGGUACAUACAUACAUAUAUGUAUAUAAUCAUAUAUAUCCUACUAUAAGUAUCACCUAUUUCUGUAUCCUCAAAGCUUACCCGUAGAUUAAGCUAAAGCUUGUUAAUUAUAAGAAGCAAGAGAAAAGUAAAUAUAAAAUAGAAACACAAAAAAUGUA